AUGCAGAUUACAUACCAUACAGAAAUACUACUUGACAUGGAUCUUAUGUGCGUGAAUCUGCUCAAUGAAGGGGACCUCAGCCCUGCAAGCGUUCUUGACUCUAUAUUGGAGUCUACUGCAGAGUCUCAGCACCUAGAUAUCCUUACCGACAUCCUAACAGUCGGCUCAGAGGUCGAUGAGCGCGUCGGGGCGUUUAUUACUGCUGCUUGGGACUAUACCUGCCGCAACUCUCUUUGGUCGUUUAAGUAUGAUAACCUGAACGACUACCGCAAAGCCAUAAAUUACGUUGAUAUCGUGCGACCCAUCAUACAAAAGCAUAGGAGGUCAGACCGUGCUAAGCACCUGAGCUUACAGACCAUAUUGCGGAAUUGGAAGACCUCUCCUACCUCGGUCACACCUCGCGAUUUGCGACCCACGUUCUGGAGCAAACAUUUGCUUACGUUGCUGGCUAAACUAAGUAAGAAAAAGAGCCUUGAUGAAUCCAGGGCAUUGCUUCAAGAAAGCGUGAGACAUAGGCCCCAGCGAGGAAGAAGCCGAAGCCAGAUCAUUGCGAGCGAUGUGCAACGGGUUCUAGAUCAGCUGGAGAUAGGUCGAAGUGGAAAAUAUACUGGCAUCAAUUCCCAGCGAAAUGGGGCAAGAGAGGUUCUCACUCCUCCCAGCUACUCCUGCGAUAACAACCAGAGCCACCAAAGCAACGUGAACGAUGGAGACAGCAUGUCUUGUAUCGCAGAAUCUUCCCAUAUAUCCGAUAUGCAGCUGAGUUCAUCGUAUCCGAUUGCGCCUUUAACACCCGAAUUAUCACCUUCAGAGUCUGCGAGUAUCGACACCGAAUUGCUGGAAGCCUCACCACCGGUCGUUUCCUGGAAGGCCACAGAGGUACUACAUUGUGACUGUGCCCCAAUCUGUCUACCUCUUGUUGCAUUUCUAUCGAGUGUGAAAAACGCCAUUUCACAGCAGCUCACUACAGCACUAGUACACUGGGCGCGAUCUGUAUCAUGGGGAAGUUUUUGUAGCAGUCAUCUCCAGCGCCUUGCAGUCCUUGCCACAGGAAUUGAUAUCAUCAACAAGGACAGAAUUGAUCUGAUUGGAACGCUUGAGAGUGUGUGCCAGUAUACAUGUGAGCAUAGCCAGAUGAUUCAAAACAUUGGCGACACAGCAACACCUGUCGACACAACGGAUCCUGUAGAUCUACUAUGUCGGUAUACUGGGUCAGCCGAUGCUUGGUCGGACUGGACACGGGAUGGGAUACUACAUAUCCCUGGGUUCUUUAGCUAUAUGGAAGACCUGGGUAUCUUUGGGCGUAUUCGAAGGAUACUUACACCAUAUGAAGGCAAGGCGACGGACGAUAGUAGUUCUGCAGUCCAGAUCUGCCAUGAUCUAAUAACACAAAUGGUGCAACAAGACCCGGCUUACUACGCAGUUCUCGUUGCAUGCCGUCCCGAUAAGAAUUGGAAAUUUCUUCAUCGCCCCAGACGAAGUCGACCAUGCUGCAUCCCGAAUGAUGAUGAUGUCACUAUCAGUGCUCCUUCUGAUAAAGUUGGGCUUCUAACCAAAGGGAAGGGCGUCAGUGAUCUUCGAAGCACGAUUUCAUUGCCUGCAAAUAGCUGCCAUCAAACCGUUCGGCUCGUUCCUGGUUUUCAUCGCCACCUGCUCGAAUGGCUGGCGGAGAGAAUAGAACAGCCAACGAACGACUCCUAUAGACAACAGUACUCCACGAACCUAACGUAUGAUGAAUCGAGCGAAUACAGAUUUGGCUGUCAUCGUGAUAUUAUUCUACAUCAUGGUGACUUGAUCCUAACUCUGCCGCAAAUUCUACGAUGGUCCAAAACAUUUUCGGCUAACAAUCUUCUUAAUAUAUCCCAAAGUGGCUUGGAUGACAAUUUUGAAACCCUUGACGGUGGCUGCGAUGGGACAUGGACACGACUGGCUAUAGCGGGCAAUUACCAUAAGUUAAGCGACCAGUACCUGGGAGCCAACGAAGGCUGGCAGGACUCCGGUACUUUCCGGCAUGGACUGGAAGACCACUGCAGGAUAGGGAGUCUCAGUGCUGUGGGUGAAGCAACUCUAGGUCGAAGGCAAUGGAGGGACCCGAAAGUUAUCCAGGAACGCAAUCUGAUACUGGGGCGAGACAGCACUACAGCCCUUGGGCAUGUCCGACAGGUACGAGAACAUCUUGCGGCUGAGUUCCACGAGCAGCUCGACCUACUUCAACUGGGAUGCGACAUCACAGGUAUGCCAAAGCUUUGUUUUGAUCGUAUCACAGCUGAGAAUGGAGGCAGACGGCACAGUGCAGAGUAUGAAUGUUGA